UUAGAACAUUCGUUUCGCUGUGCGUGUGUAUGUGUUUGACUGAACUGCCUCGUAUGUUGAUCCCGAUUGCCUUCUGGAGAACCUGACAUUGGAAAAUUAGAAGGAUAGCCUUCCGACAGAUCAUAGCAAGGUGACAUUGUUGUGAUCAGCCUACCUGUGUUUGAGCUCUAAGAUUGGACCACGAAGAUGACCCAGCCUCGGCCGGACGAGUUCAAGCCACCUCCGGAGUGCCCAGUCUUCGAACCAAGCUGGGAGGAAUUUGCCGAUCCUUUUGCUUUUAUAAAUAAGAUCCGUCCAAUUGCGGAAAAAACGGGAAUUUGUAAGGUCCGCCCGCCUCCGGGCUGGCAGCCCCCAUUUGCAUGUAAUGUUGACAGACUGCACUUCACUCCUCGGAUACAGAGGCUCAAUGAACUGGAGGCACAGACCAGAGUCAAGCUUAACUUCUUGGACAAGAUUGCAAAGUUCUGGGAGUUGCAGGGGUGUUCUCUGAAGAUUCCUCAUGUGGAACGGAAGAUAUUGGACCUUUAUCAACUCAACAAGAAUGUUGCAGAUGAGGGUGGAUUUGAUAUUGUGUGUCGCGACAGACGAUGGACGGCGAUUGCACUUAAGAUGGGCUUUGCUCCAGGCAAGGCUGUGGGCUCUCACCUACGGUCACACUAUGAGAGAAUCCUCUACCCCUACAACCUCUUCCAGAGUGGAGCUAACCUCCUGGCACCAGAGCUUGCUUCCAAGCUGAUGCGUUUAGUGUCUGCCCCUGAACUUGACACGUUUGUCCAGAAGCCAACCCUGCCACUUGACACAAGUGACAAGGAGUACAAACCCCAUGACCUGGCCGAGAGGCAGCAGUUUGUCCAGCCAGCCGAGUCCUGCUGCAACAGCGCCCGCAGAGCAAAGCGGAUGAGAGCUGAGGUGGAUGCUCUUGUCGAACAGAGCCUCACACACUUGUCAGAAGAACUCCUCAUAAACCCAACCAGUUGUGUGAAGACCGAACCAGGAGCUGAACCCUGUGAGAACAGACCAAAUCUGAGGAGGAGGAUGGGCUCCUUUGUUGCCAAGCCCGAGCCAGAAAAAGAAAUUCCCAUUCUAGUGAAACAAGAACCCAUCGAGCCGGUGAGCGAGGCAGAUGAAAACAAGUCUCGAUAUAAGAAAAAACCCAGUCUUGAUGUCCCACCUCCUGCAGUGAGUGUAGUGGACCUGUAUAUUUGUCUGGUGUGUGGCAGCGGGAGUGACGAGGAUCGUCUUCUGCUGUGUGAUGGCUGUGACGACAGUUACCACACCUUCUGUCUCAUACCCCCUCUAAACGACAUCCCCAAAGGAGACUGGAGGUGCCCCAAGUGCCUGGCUCAAGAGUGCAGCAAACCUCAGGAGGCAUUUGGUUUUGAGCAGGCAUACAGGGACUACUCUUUGCGGGCUUUUGGUGAAAUGGCAGACUCCUUCAAAUCUGAUUACUUCAACAUGCCAGUUCAUAUGGUUCCCACAGAGUUGGUGGAAAAAGAGUUCUGGCGCUUGGUGAGCACCAUCGAGGAGGACGUCACAGUGGAGUAUGGAGCAGAUAUAGCCUCCAAGGAGUUUGGGAGCGGAUUCCCCAUCAGGAAUGGAAGAUUUAAGGUUUCAGAAAAGGAUGAGAUGUACCUGAAGUGUGGCUGGAACCUGAACAACAUGGCGAUGAUGGACCCGUCAGUGUUGACUCAUGUCACAGCAGACAUCUGUGGGAUGACUCUACCUUGGCUCUAUGUAGGCAUGUGCUUUUCCUCCUUCUGCUGGCACAUCGAGGACCACUGGAGCUACUCCAUCAACUACCUGCACUGGGGGGAGCCGAAGACGUGGUAUGGAGCACCUGGCUUUGCUGCAGAACAGCUUGAGGCUGUGAUGAAGAAACUGGCUCCAGAGCUGUUUCAGAUUCAGCCUGACCUCCUCCACCAGCUGGUCACCAUUAUGAACCCCAACACCCUCAUGUCUCACGGGGUCCCUAUUUACAGAACAAACCAGUGUGCUGGUGAGUUUGUCAUCACCUUCCCCAGAGCUUAUCACAGUGGUUUCAACCAGGGUUUCAACUUCGCUGAGGCUGUAAACUUCUGCACUGUGGACUGGAUGGCAUUAGGCCGCCAGUGCGUUGACCACUACAGACUACUGCAUCGGUACUGUGUUUUCUCGCACGACGAGAUGAUCUGCCAGAUGGCCUCCAAGGCCAACAGUCUGGAUGUGGUCCUGGCGUCGGCUGUCCAGAAAGAUAUGAAGGAUAUGAUCAGAGAGGAGCAGGACCUACGAGAUAAUGUCCGCAAGAUGGGGGUGAAGCAUUGCGAGCAGGCGGAAUACAAUCUCCUGCAGGAUGACGAGCGGCAGUGUGCCAAGUGCAGGACCACAUGUUACCUGUCUGCCAUCACCUGCCCCUGCAGCCCUGGCCGGCUGGUCUGUCUCCACCACAUCCAGGACCUUUGCUCCUGCCCCCUCACCAACUACACACUGAAUUAUAGAUUUACACUGGAUGAUCUGUACCCCAUGAUGAACGCGGUGAAGCUGCGAGCUGAGUUCUAUGACGAGUGGGCCUCCCACGUGACAGAGUCUCUGGAGGCUAAACUGGACAAGAAAAAAAGCCUGUCAGUCUUCCGCUCCCUCAUCAAUAAAUCAGAGUUGAAGAUGUUCCCUGACAACGACCUCCUGCGUCAGCUCCGUUUAGUCACACAGGAUGCAGAGAAAUGCUCCUCAGUUGCCCAGCAGCUACUCAACGGCAAAAGGCAGACCAGGUAUCGCUGUGGUGGAGGGAAGACACAGAGCCAGCUGACUGUGGAGGAGCUGAGGUCAUUUGUCAGGCAACUGUACAACCUCCCCUGCAGCCUUCCCCAAGCCCCCAAAUUAAAGGAGCUCUUGAAUUGCAUUGAAGACUUCCAGCAACACAGUGAGAAGCUCCUGGCAGAUGAGACCACCGGCACAGCAGAGAUCCAGAGUCUUUUAGAUGUUAGCUUUGACUUUGACGUGGAGCUGCCUGAACUUCCAUUACUACGGGAGAGGCUGGCACAAGCCCGCUGGCUAGAGGGGGUGCAGCAGGCCAGCACCCAGCGCUCCACCCUGACCCUGGAGACCAUGCGGAGGCUGAUAGACCAGGGCGUGGGUCUGACCCCUCACCCCUCUGUGGAGAAGGCCAUGGCUCGCCUGCAGGAGCUGCUAACUGUGUCUGAACACUGGGAGGACAAGACCAGCAGCCUCCUCAAGGCCAGGCCCCCCCUCUCUAUAGAAACCCUCUCUGAAACAGCUGAGAAGGUGGCUGGGAUCCCUGCUUACCUCCCCAAUUGUCUGAUGCUGAAGGACUCCAUCAGUAGGGCCAGAGAGUGGCUUCAGGAAGCUGAGGCACUUCAGGAUGAAGAUUCCAUUCCAUUGUUUUACAACCUCUCUGAUAUGGUUAUUCGAGGACAAGACAUCCCAGUCCAGCUUGGCCCUCUAAAGCAGCUGGAGUCUCUGAUGGCAGAGGUGCAGGCCUGGAAAGAGUCUGCAGCUAAAACUUUCCUCAUGAAAAACUCUCACUUCACUCUGCUUGAGGUUCUGUGUCCAAGAUGUGAAGUUGAAGCAGGUUCUCCGAAAAGGAAGUCCAAAAAAGCUAAGGACAUCACUCAGCACAGCAAGAAGAAGAUGGUGAAGCUUGACUGUCACAGUGAUGUGGAAAAAGCCCUCUCAGAGACCAAGGACUCUGCUUCUGCUCUGGCAACUCUCGGGGAGGUGCGGUUACAGGAGAUGGGGGCCCUCUCCUCCCUCCGGGCAGCUAAUGAGUCCAAGCUCCUUCCCACGGCAGACUGCAUGGACCUGAAGGUGUGUGUGUGUCAGAAUCCCCCCAUGGGAGCCAUGUUACAGUGUGAGCUCUGCCGGGACGCCUUCCACAGCGUGUGUGUGAGGGCUUCCUCAGACUCCCGUUCAGCCCAGGCCUGGCUGUGCCCGCACUGCCGACGCUCUGAGAAGCCCUCCCUGGACAAGGUCCUGCCCUUGCUGGCAUCGCUGCAGCGUAUCCAGGUGCGUCUGCCAGAAGGCGAUGCACUUCACUAUUUGGUUGAGAGAACAGUCAGCUGGCAACAGCGUGCACGACAGGUCUCUUCCUCCUGUGGAUUACCCGACCUGGAGGAGAGCUUUGCAACUCCACCAUCUACGGAUGGAAAGCCAACAUGUUUAACUCCAGAGUGGAACAGGACAACUCAUGAUCAGAUGGUCUUCUACACCGAGCAAAGAUGCAUUCCUCUGCAAGUAGGUUGUAGACAUUACAUUUUACAUGAACAACCUGGCGUGUGCUGUGCUGCUGCAGAUCUUAGUGUGGAGCUGGAGGAGUUGAUGGUGGAAGGGCUCCUGCUGCAGGUGUCUCUUCCAGAGAUCACACAGCUCUACCAUGUGUUACUGAACGGGCUGAAAACGCAUCAUACCAACGAACGCACGUCACUGCAAGAUGACGUCCCCUCAGACUGUGACAAACUCAAGCAGUGCAACUCUCAGGGAAAAAGCUUUCCACAAAAGGAUGGGUUGAUAAAGGAAGGAGUGAACGGAGCAGAGAAGAAGGCUAAGCGACGCCUGGAGAGGGAGGCUGUAGAGCCAGAGCGCAGGGACAAGGCCAAGAAGCUCCAGAACAAGAGACAGAAAAUUAACAAAGACAAGAACCUGGAACGCAAGGCGGCGUCGACCUCCUCGUCUCACUCCGACUUCUCCCAGUCAGAUGACUCUGAAGAGGAGAUGUGUCCAGCAGAGGGAUGCCAGCAACCUGAAGGAGAUGAGGUCGACUGGGUCCAGUGUGAUGGCAGCUGUAACCAGUGGUUCCACCAGGUCUGUGUGGGUGUGACAGCUGAGCUGGCUGAGAAAGAAGACUAUGUGUGUGACAACUGCACAAUAAGCGAUGGUCGCUGAGGAAAUGAGGAGGGACUGGAUGGGGAGUUUACUCCAUUAGCAACUCAGUCACACAAGUCAGGAUGUGUCACAGACCCUGCCCUCAUACCCCCCAACCCAGCCCUUCAUGUCCCCAUCCCCUUUGUAACAACGGUGCUAUCUGCUCUUUAUUGGGUUGUUGUCCAGAACUAUACUGCUUGGUUACUUUUUUUGUAUUUUACCUAUUUUUCUUUCCUCCUCUGAUCUGUUGGUUGUUGUGACAGAAUGUGGAUCAGUGUGCUUCAUGGGUUUCCAUUGCAUUGGGUGGCGCAAAGGAGUCAAACAAUAAGUUACCCUGUAAAGAUCAAAGGGGGUGUGGUAUAUGGCCAAUAUACAAUGGCUAAGGGCUGUUCUUAUGCAUGACGCAAUGUGGAGUGCCUGUAUACAGCUCUUAGCCGUGGUAUAUUGGCCAUAUACCACAAACCCCUGAGGUGUCUUAUUGGUAUUAUAAACUGGUUACCAAUGUAAUUAGCUAGAACAGUAAAUGAGUAAUUUUGUGUCAUACCAGUGGUAUAUUGUAUGAGAUAUCACGGCUUUCAGCCAAUCAGCAUUCAGGGCUUGAACCACCUAGUUUUUAUGUCUGAUAUACCACUGCUCUCAGCCAAUCAGCAUUCAGGACCCAAACUACCCAGUUUAUAAUACAGUAUAUUGUACAUGGAACUUCCUUGCAUACAAAACCAGAGACUCAGAGAAUGUGGGUUAAGGUCCCCUUCUUCCCCCUCCCCCUUAAAAAAAUAUAUAAAUAAUGUAAUAGAAAGAACUGUAUUUUUCAGGAAACCCAGUGCUUAGUACAUGCAUCUGAAUAAUAUAAUUAUUCAGAAAAUUUUGGUAGACUGUUUUAUUUAUCUGAGGAAUAAUGUUUGUCUGAAUUGAUUUCAAUGGGUUGGUCUCCUCUGAACUAUGUGUUGGUGCUUUUAGCAAUGGUUUGAUGUACAGAAACAAAGUGUAUAUGCUGUAGGGUAAGUUACAGUUGUGGACUAGUAAUGUAGCAGACAGAAGGAACCCUAUCAACUGCCACAUAUGUGCUUGGGUGGGUUACUUUGGGAAGGAAGGGAGAGGGGUAGUUUGACAUUGCAGUUUAUAUUGUGGAAUAAAAACAUUUUUGUUCUAAUAGCAAA